UGUGUGUGUGUGUGUACAAACUUACUUUUAUGAAGUGGGUUGGUGAAUUCCAGCCUCACCAUCCAUCAAUGCACGAAUUUCUUAGACUCUACGUGUGAGGCGUGCCAAUUAGUAACCCAAGAUUCCAACAUUUAUGAACCACUCUAAGAGGAAUAUUUUUAUGUGUUGCUAAAGGAAUGAUUUUUCUCUCGCUUUUGGCAUAGCAAACCCCAGUGGGAGGUAUUCACGACGAGCUAUUAGCUCUAUGAUAGAGUGCUAGAGUUUGUUCACUAUGCUUAAUGGUGUCUGCUGUAAGGGGAUGUUCAAAAGGAAUUAUUGAACUCGAUCAGAAGUUUGGGUUAAGGCACAAUGCUAUGUGCUUGGAACUUCUAUUUCUUUAGAAGCAUGUUGCUGUUAUGUUAUUACCCAAAGCUCCAAAAACCUGUUUAUUAUUAUCAAUAUCAAUCCUAAAAAUGAGUUUCAUGUACAUGGAGCGAGUUUUUGAUUUCACACUUAUAGUUUCAUGGGCUCUAGAAAUACAUCCGCUUUUCUAAUUAGUAUGGAGUUGUGAAUACAAUUCAAAUCACUGGUAUAUAAUAUAGCUCAUCAUAGUGUCUUUGCAGAGCUCUUAAUAUCGUUGAAUAUAUUCAUACAUAAUGGGGAAUCAAGAGUCUGCCUUAAAUGACGCUCACAGUGAUUAUUAUCACCACAGCCCAGAACAUGUAAGAAAUGAAAAUGGCUCCAAUCCUCAAUAUCAACCUAUUACUCAUGCAGAAAGCUCCACGGAUUCUAAUUAUCGAGCUCAAGUUACAUCACAUGCCGGAGGUUCAGAUAGAGCGAACUUUCAAAGAAACCAGCAAGCCUCUUACAUAGCUGAUAACUAUAACUCUUUGGAUGAGGUUAUUACCGCGUUGCGAGAAGCAGGCCUUGAAUCGUCAAACUUGAUUCUUGGCAUUGAUUUCACCAAAAGCAAUGAGUGGACAGGAAAGCAUUCAUUCAACAGAAGAAGCCUUCACUCAGUUGGUCACACAGCUAACCCAUACGAGCAAGCCAUCUCUAUAAUUGGGCGAACUUUGUCUCCUUUUGAUGAGGACAACUUGAUACCUUGUUUUGGAUUUGGUGAUGCAACCACACACGAUCAGCACGUGUUUAGCUUUUACCCUGAUCAUCGCCCUUGCCAUGGAUUUGAGGAAGCUCUUGCAAGAUAUAAGGAAACUGUUCCUUAUCUGAAAUUAUCAGGUCCAACUUCAUUUGCCCCAAUAGUCAACGCCGCAAUAGAUAUAGUGGAAGCAAAUAAUGGGCAGUACCAUGUCCUUGUCAUUAUUGCAGAUGGACAGGUAACAAGGAGAACUGACACUCCACCUGGAAGCCUUAGCCCUCAAGAACAGGCUACUGUAAAUUCUAUUGUUGCUGCUAGUGAAUAUCCUCUUUCAAUUAUUCUGGUCGGUGUUGGAGAUGGCCCGUGGGAUGAAAUGCAACGGUUUGAUGAUAACAUUUCCCAACGGGCAUUUGAUAACUUCCAGUUCGUCAAUUUUACAAAAAUCAUGUCUGAGCGUUCAGCGAUGGAAAAGAAGGAAACAGCCUUUGCUCUUGCCGCACUCAUGGAAAUUCCGAUUCAGUACCGAGCCACACAAAGGCUUCAAUUCAGAGAAAGCAAAAGAGGCCCUCGGACAAGGCCACUUCCUCCUCCUCGUGAAGUAAUUGAUCAUGACAGUGCAGUCAAAUCAUUGCCACAUGCGACAAGCUAUGAACCUGCUGACUCUGGAGCUGCAGAAAGAGAUUGUCCCAUUUGCUUGACAAACCCAAAGGACAUGGCUUUUGGAUGUGGUCAUCUGACAUGCAAGGAGUGUGGUGUCACAAUAACAACGUGUCCUUUAUGCCGAGAGCCCAUUACAACUCGCAUAAGACUGUACGGCUAGAUGCACAGAACUAUCUCCUGAACUACCGAAAAUCCGCAGUUUCUCCGGGAUGUCAACUAAAGACGAUAUUCCGGAGGUGUAAACUUUCCUUGUGCCUUGAAGAAGAGCCCUCAGGUUGUCGUCAUAUCAUAGCUGAUGUGAAAUAUAUCAAAACUGUAAAUGAGCUGUAACCUAUGUAUAGCUUAUCUAGAAUUCUUCACCUGUCCUAUUUUUUGUUUGUGCACAUUUUUAGUACCUAUUUAGCAAAAUGUACAUAACUAAAUGUAUGAGAGACUUCUAUGUUGAUACUUGAUAUUCUUGUCACUGAUUCUGUUA